AUUUGACAUUCCUGCGCGUCCAUGUCAAGAAAGUAAGAUUUCGUAUGUGUAGCACGGGAUCAAUAGAAAUUAUAAUCACGAAUUUUCACUUAAAAGAGUGCCGUUUUUGAUAAGCGUUAGCUUCGAACAGAACUUAAUGUAUAGAAGUGUAAAUUUAAAAACAUUUAAUCAGGGCGAUAGCUCUAAAUCGCUAUUCCACACAAUACAACGUUGUAGGAAAAUGACGGAGUGGUCUCGUCUUUUAUCCCCGACAAAGUGAAGUGCUACCCCAAAAUACUGUACAUUCCUUAAAACAGUGAACUGUUAAAGAUUAUGUAGUUGAAAAGCUGGAUUUUCGUGCAUUCGAUUGUUUAAACCAGUUAAGUAUUUUUUUGGUGUUUUUAUUGUUAUGUCGCCGAGAUGAUGUGGUUUCACGUAGCGGUGGCGGCCGCAGUUAUCGCUACUAUUAGCGUUCAGGGCGAUCAAGUGAUGCUUCUUGAUACCACGACUGAAAAUACUCUUGGUUGGACACGUUACCCCUACGGGGCACAGGCGAGUACCCCCGGAUGGGUAGAAGAAUCUUACACCAAUUUUGAAAAGCAUAUUAACUGGCGAUCGUAUGUCGUUUGUGAUGUUGCCCACCAUAAUGUAAACAAUUGGCUUUGGACACCAUUCAUUGAAAGACGAAACGCUAAUCGUAUAUACAUCGAGAUUAAUUUCACUAUACGAGAUUGCUCUUUAUUUCCGGGAAACGCACUGAGUUGCAAGGAAACCUUCAGUCUGUUAUAUUAUGAGUUUGACGUCGCAACACGCGAACAACCACCAUGGGAGCCUGAAAGUUAUAAACUAGUGGGCAGAAUAGCAGCUGGUGAAGGCAGGUUCAAUACGAACUCAGAAGUUGACAUAAAUACAGAGGUAAAGAGCAUAGCUGUAACAAAACGAGGAGUAUACAUAGCAUUCAGAGAUCAAGGUGCCUGCAUUUCUAUUUUAGCAGUAAAAGUUUAUUACAUUACAUGCCCAGAAGUAACAAUAAACUUUGCAAAGUUCCCAGCAACCCCUACAGGCCGUGAAGUAACUGUCAUUGAACAGGCCAAUGGCACCUGUGUUGAGAACGCUGAAACGGCUCAAGGUGAGUCUCCUCCGGUUUAUUUAUGCAAAGGAGAUGGAAAAUGGACUUUACCUAGUGGAUCAUGCAAAUGCAAAGGAGGCUAUGAACCAGAUCACAGCAACCAAGUUUGUAAUGAAUGUGCCCCUGGGAAGUUCAAAUCACAUACUGGUGACGAAGCUUGUAUGUCAUGCCCUGAUAAUUCAGAGACUACAGCCCAUGCCUCUGUUGAAUGUAAAUGUAUACCAGGUUUUUUCCGAGCCAAGAAAGACCCUAAGAAUGUUCCAUGUACUCAACCACCAGGUGUACCUGACAACCUGACUGUAACAUUUGCUGAUCAGUUUUCAAUAUCUCUAGCUUGGCAUCCACCACAUAAAACAGGUGGACGAGAUGAUGUUACAUAUGAAGUUCGAUGUACAAAUUGUGGGCCCCAUGUAGAGUAUAGACCAUCUUCAAAUGGUCUUAAUCACACUCGAGUCACUGUGAUGGGUUUAGACCCAGUUACUGAAUACAAAUUUCAAGUUUUUGCUGUUAAUGGUGUAUCAGACUUAACUGGUGAUUCUCCAAAGAAAGUUGAAAUAACUGCUAUAACAGAGGCAUCUGUAGUGAGUGUGGUCUCCAAGUUAAGAAUAGUUAGUGUAGAAAAUGACAAACUUUCAUUAGUAUGGACUCCUCCUCCUGUUGAUGUAACUGAUCCUGAUGAUACAAUUGAAAGCUAUGAAGUAAAAUGCUUCCCUAAAGAUAACAAUGAAAGAAGUGCAAAUGUGACUGUUAAAAUAACAAAAGAACCUCAUGCAGUUAUUACUGGCUUGAAAAGGGACACUGAAUAUGGAGUGAGAGUCAGAGCUAAAAUGAAGCGAGGGUGGGGAGAACUAAGUGGAAUUAUGUAUGCGAGAACAGGUGCAGGAUUGGAACCAACAUUAGUUGUUAGUGAAGAAGAAGGGGCCCGAGUAAGAUUAUUUGCUGGUGUUAUGGUUGCUGUGGUUGUUCUAUCUGUUGUGGCCAUUAUUGCCACAGUAUUAUUUUUGAGGUCUCGUACUGACGAUGAAUGUGACAAGAAACAGCCGAGUGACUGUAAUGCACUUAACUAUAGAAAUGGAGAAGUAUAUACGGGACCAGACAGACCUACAAAAACAAGUAGUAAUGCAACAACACCACUCUUUGCUGGUACGGGAUCAAGGACAUACAUUGAUCCACAUACUUAUGAAGACCCAAACCAAGCUGUUAGAGAAUUUGCUCGUGAAAUAGAUGCCUCUUGUAUUACUAUAGAAGCCAUAAUUGGUGGAGGUGAAUUUGGUGAUGUGUGUCGAGGAAAAUUAAAAUUACCCGCAUGUGGUCAAGAAAUAGAUGUGGCAAUAAAAACACUAAAGCCUGGCUCAACUGAAAGAGCCCGCCGAGAUUUUCUUGCUGAAGCAUCAAUUAUGGGGCAAUUUGAGCACCCUAAUGUUAUCUUCUUACAAGGGGUUGUUACAAAAUGUAAUCCAAUAAUGAUUAUUACAGAAUUUAUGGAGAAUGGGUCAUUGGACACAUUCUUACGAGCAAACGACGGUAAAUUUCGUGUGCUUCAACUGGUUGGCAUGCUUCGUGGAAUAGCAACUGGAAUGCAAUAUCUAUCAGAAAUGAAUUAUAUUCAUCGUGAUCUUGCUGCUCGGAAUGUAUUAGUUAAUUCCCAAUUAGUAUGUAAAAUAGCUGAUUUUGGUUUAUCACGAGAAAUUGAAUCAACCGCAGAUGGAGCAUAUACAACUCGAGGUGGGAAAAUUCCAGUACGAUGGACAGCCCCUGAGGCAAUAGCAUUUAGGAAAUUUACAUCUGCCAGUGAUGUUUGGUCAAUGGGGAUUGUUUGUUGGGAAGUAAUGAGUUUUGGGGAAAGGCCCUACUGGAAUUGGAGUAAUCAGGAUGUCAUAAAAUCAAUAGAGAAAGGUUAUCGCCUACCAGCUCCAAUGGACUGCCCUGAAGCUGUUUAUCAACUGAUGUUGGACUGUUGGCAGAAAGAACGUACUCAUCGGCCCACCUUUGUAAGCAUUGUUAAAACUUUAGAUAAACUCAUACGUUGCCCAGACACAUUGAGAAAGAUAGCUCAAAAUCGAUCAACUGAUCCAUUAGCUGGAGACACACCAGACUUAAUCCAAUUCUCAUCUGUUGAAGAAUGGUUGGAAUGUAUUAAAAUGUCAAGAUACAUUGAGAAAUUCAGGGCUGCUGGAAUAACAGAUAUGAAUGCUGUUGUAGAUCUCACUGUUCACCAGCUGACCUCUUUGGGAGUUACCUUGGUUGGUCAUCAGAAAAAAAUAAUGAAUAGUGUUCAAAGCAUGCGGGCACAGAUCCGUGUAAGUGGGCCAUAUGGGUUUCUUGUGUAAUAACAAGAAUGAUGUCUUUGAUAAUAAUACUCAAUCUCCAUCUGUCAAAAAGUGAUUUUCACAGUGAUUAAAAUUAAGAAAUGUAAUGCAUUUUGUAUAUUUUUCUAAAAAAAACUGUCCUAGAAGUAGGGUAAUAGUAUUAUGGACCUUCGGAUGGGUGGAAAGUUAAUUCAGUGUUUUUAAAGAUACCAUUACUCCAACUGCAUCAGUUUCGUAUCUGGGGCCUAAUUUAUAUUAUUUUAUCUAAAACAAAGCUUUAUUAAGCUGCCGUCUUAAAAUACAACGAAAGCAUUGCCAUGUUUACCUAAUUCAAUAAUUCUGUUAUAAAAUUUAAACAACAGAUAUAUAAGCAAUUGUGGUAGCUAUUUUGUGACUGAAAUAUAAUUUGUGAUCUUAUUUAUAUAAAUUUUAGUUUUAAGUUUUUAUCUUUGUCAGUAAAAUUUUGACAAAGAAACAUUUUUUUACAUAUAAACUUAUUUAGUUUAGAAAGAUUUAAAUAGAAUUGUAUCAAUUUAUCGACAUUCCGAUGACAUAUAUAAGAAAUUAUAUAUUAAUUGUAGGUAGCUAAAUUCACUGUCCUGGUGUGCAUUUUGUAUAAGUGGAACUUGUGAAAGUAUUUUAUUAUAUUAUUCUUUUUUAAGAAAAUAUAAAAUGCCAUAAGUGUCUAAAUAUAAUAAAAAUUUGUUCUUGUGAAAAUCUCCUUUAUAAUUAGAUAAACUUGCCUUUUAUAUUUCAACUUGUGAUUAUAAUGAUGUACUUAAUUAACAUAUAAACUUGCCACAACAAUACAUUUA